AAAAGCCAGCCAUGCUACAGAGGAGACCAAGCCUUGCACCACUCCAGAGGAGACCAUGCCUGGAUGGUCUGGCACCGCUGAAGGGUUUCCAAGAACCUGUUUUUAGGAUCUUCAAAGCCAUCAAGGGACAAAGCAUCCCAGACAGAGCUCAGCUGAAAUCUGUCAUCCUCGACCACUUAGGCUCCAAGCUUGUCAGGAAGCAGCUGGCGGAGUCAAUCAGGGAUGAGGUCAAACUGACGAUUCCAGGGACUACACCAGCGGCACAAAGGGCUCUGAGUGCCAGAAUCGCUUACGAUGUGUUGAAGUGCGUCUCUCGAGCGGCCAAUCCUAGCAAUGAACCUGCCUGCAGACUCCGUGGGGGAAACACAAUCAAACCCAAUGCUCAAGCAGAUGAUCCAGAACCAGAGGAGCGGAUGGCCAACGGAGAAGACAUAAACGCCUAUGUGACAACGUUGAUCACUGACGUUCUGGAGGAAGUCCAGGAGCAGGUUAUCGUAAUGAUCCGAGGGUACUCCCCUACCCAAUUCAGAGUUGUCUCUGCAAAGGCCAGCCAAACAGCCAUUGAUGUGGUAAGCAAUGUUUUGGAAGACAUUAGACACUUAUUAAAUGAGGAAAACAUUGAAGCGCUUGCACUAGACUGUGAUGCUGAAGAAGGCACCUCAGGUAUAACAAACAUUCAGCCACCUGCAUUGACUGCAUUAAAAAAGGCAGACCCCGAGAACCGCCGAGAUUCCUGUUCAAAACUAGAAGGUGUCGCCUGUGACCUUAUUAGCACUGCAUAUGACAGCAUCCUUUUCGAGCUGGCUUUUCCUGAGCUUCAGGGUGAAAGAGAUGAACAACCAAUCAACUCAAGGGCUAUCAGAAGUGACACACAAAUCUCUUUUGUAGAAAAAGCUCCUUCCCUGACUCUGGAAAUACUUCCCUCGGAGCCAGUGAUCUCAUCUUUAUACAACUCUCCCAGUUAUGGAAUGGUGUUUUCAUCUGACACUUCAGAGGUUUCAGAAAACAACAGUAAGACAAGCAGCUCAGAGGCCUCCGCAGCUGCAUCAACCUCGUCCCAGGAGACGGAUACCACAACCACUGUAGAAUGCAAAGAAGAAAGAGUAGAGAAUGGUAACACCAGUGAAACAGACAAGGUCCUUUCUGUCCCCAUCAUUCAAUACUGAAGAAGUUGUUUCAAAGCCUAUUCUCUUGCACAAGGUGAAGAAAGAAAAUGCAGCCACCAGAAGCGCUUCUCUUCCCAACCUGUAUGGACUUGUUGUGGAUGCAGUUAUGGACCACUUCAGCACAGAACCCUUCAAAGACAAUCUGGCCCAAUCAGUGAAGAAUGAGGUGAGACGCACCCUUUCUAUGCCUGAAUGUGGAUUGUUGAACCUUCAAAUUGAUAAUUACUUUGAGAGGAAAAUGCUAGAGGAUAUGCUGAAGGAAGUAUCCCGACAGUGCGGAGGAACAAGCUCUAGCACCGUGGCUGAAGAGGCUACAGAUGAAGAAGAGAUCUACAGACUAGAAUCUGCUGCAGCACAACUGAUACAGAAAGUUUUCCAGGACGUCAAGACACAUUCUGUUGUCAAGAUCAAGAAGGGUUCUCCCAAGAGAUGUCUAUCCCCAGAAGUAAGCCGAACAGCCAUCAAUGCUGUGAGCAGUCUUCUGGGUGACAUGGAGACAACUGUGAUGGCCAGUGUUCCAUGUUCUUGUACUACUUCCAGAGCAGAUAUGGAAGGAAUGCUCUCUGAGGCAACAGGUGAGCACCCAGCGAAAUCAAUGGCCUCUACAAAAGUUGAGUUGAUCGCUGAUGAUUUAGUGGAAGAUGCCAUCGAUAUGUGCAGUGAAAUGAUUUUAGACGACCAGCCACUAGCCCUACUACAUGACAAUCCUGAAGAAGGUACAUCAAAUGUUGUUGUUCCUGGACCAAUUCAGAGCAGCCUGUCUGGAUCUGAUGAACGCCACACAAAAUCACAGGUCCCUGCAGUAAAGAUUGAAGACCAUAAGGUAAAGCCAAUUUUGAUCCAAGACACAGCGCUCAUAUCUCCAGGUGAGAAGAAUACGGAUGAAAAAAGAGUCAUUAGAGUAAGUUAUGUCUUUAACUCAUCCCCUAGAAGGAAAGCUCACCAGGCCACCAUAAGCACCUCUUUCCCUAACCUCUAUGUCACCCUUGUGGAUGGAGUUCUGGACCAAAUUAGCACAGAACCUUUCAAAGAAACCCUGGCCCAAUCUGUGAGGAAUGAGGUAAGACAUUCUGUCUCUUUGCCUCAAUUUGGAUCAGUGAACCUCAAAAGCGAGGACUGCUCAGAGAAAGAAAUUAUUGAGGAUAUGUUGAAAAGUGUAUCCAGAAAACUCAGUAAAGACCAGGCCUGUCAGCUGACCGGGAAAGCCAGUGAGACCAUGAAUGCCAACGUAGAUGCCAUUUCACUUACCCCCAAACUACAGUCUACUGCCAAAGACCAAAUCAUCAAAGUUCUGGAGCAGGUCAACACUAAAAUAAUCAAUAUGAUUAGACUAGAUUCUCCCAACAGGACGAUUUCCCCCAAGGCAAGCCAGACUGCCAUCAAUGCUGUCAGCAACAUUUUGGGUGCUAUGGGAACCUCUCUCAAGGCAAGCAACACACCAUUUGUUCCUAAUGUGGCUGGACUCCAGCCUGACCUAGAUGAUGUAGCAUCUUACUCAACUGAAGCUUUUGAGGGAUAUCCAGGGACCUGGAUGUCAUCCCUGAAGAUAAAAUAUAUUGCCUCAGGCCUCAUGGACACUGUCUGUGAUGACCUACUGGAUGAGGAUGGUUUCCUCAGACGGAGCGCUGGUGCAAUAUCCUCACAGGAAGACCUUGAUCUUCAGAAGGUAAUUACUUCAAAACCAGCAUCCCCAGUCAAUUGCAUGCUCGUCAAAGGAUGCCUGUCAAUGUCCUACCUUGAUGCUUUGAAGAAUCCUGAAGACAUUGAAAAUGCCACUCACCUCAGUAGAAGCAUUGACUCUCUCUCCGUAAUUGGUGUGCCUACUUCAACCUCAAAGGAAGAUUCAUACGGCACAGAAUUGAAACUGACACAGUUGCAAAAGGAUGUCUCUGCAUCAUCCUCACUUUAUGCCAUGAGCAACUGUCGGAGCUCAUUGGAGUUUCCCUCCAGUCGAUCUGAUAUCCCUAUUGACAAAGAGGCCCAAAGGAUUUCCUCCACAGACGAAGAAGACAGUCUGUCCAAAUCCCUCCUGACCUCUUCCAAAUCAGUCUUCAAUGUCUCUGGCCUCGUCCCUACUCCUCCAGAGGGAAAGCCAAAGGUGAGGCUGCCACGGCGCCCAGUGCUUCGCCUUAGGAAGGUUCCAGAGGAGCCCCCCAAAAAGAUGCACAUUUACACAGUUUGCAGGGGUGCUUUUCAUUUCCCAACUGAGACAAUGCGAUCGAUCAGUCCAUCAUCAUUCGAGGGAGAAUUCUCAACUCCCGAGUCCCAGAGGCCAAGGUAAUACUCUCUUUCUCAUAGGCCUAAUCUGAAAAGCUUUUUAACACCUAGCCCACUGUUGAUAUUUGAACAGCCUUGAUUCUAAAUGUUUUUAUUUUUGUAGAGCUUUCGUAGAGCUUUGCGAACUCUCUUAUGAAAAGCGUUGCACAUAUUAAAUUUAUUUUUUAUUCAUUAAGAGCGGUGGACAGCUCAGAUAAGGAGUCUAUCUUUAAUAUAGACUCAUCCAAAAGACUCGUCGCAGAGAUAAUGCUGUCUGUUCGGGAGGACGUUGUUGAGGCAAA